AUGCUCUUAAAAAAUGACUUAAAGCUUGAGGAGGCUAUUCAAAUGGGAAAGCAAGCGGAAAUACAAAAAAAAGAGAGUAUGAUUAUAAGAGAAAAUAAGGAAGAAAGUGAAAUAAAUAGGGUGAAAGUAGGAACAACAACAGCACAAAGAAACAACGAAGAACUACAAUUAAAAGGAAAUUGUUGGUUUUGUGGACAAAAAAGACAUCCUAGGUACAAAUGUCCAGCAUCAAAUAUAACAUGUUUCAAGUGUCGAAAAACGGGGCAUUUUGCUAGGUUGUGCAGAGCCAAGAUAGUAAAAAAUAUUGAGAAGGAAGAAACAGGAACUACAUAUGAGGAGCAGACA